UACAGAUUCAAAUGGUAUAGAUCCUGCCACUUUCCUACUUCAACUAAGGGCUACCAGCUGAACCUGGCAUCCGUUGAUAUCAUGACCGACCAACCGCUUCCCCACGUCGUUCGCCGGGCCAAAUCGACCGGGUUCAGUACGUUACCUGUCAAGCCAUCGCGAGGCGGGACAUGGCAAGGGUCGGUCAAGAAGGACAACCCUACCAAACCUCUCAUCGACUGGCUAGCCAAAAAGCUAGGUCACAACAGGGUAGUACGAAACAAGACAUCAGACGCACGCCUCUCGGCUGGACAGUCGGGCGUGACAGGCAGUCCAAAGAGUAUCCUCGCUCGCGGUACCCAUACGUCCCCAACGAUCCCAUUACCGCGAGCGAGACAGAGGUCUACGGCUGCUGCACCUUCUAUCCGUUUAUCGACACAUCGCCCAGGAUCUACGAGGACACGGAAUAGCGGACGAUCAUAUCAGCCCUCAUCGAUCUUUUCACCGGCCAGACAUCGAGCCUGUCCUCGAGCAUCCUUUAUCACCAGGUCGUCCGCAUCGCCGACGCAUUCUCCUUCCUUGUCACCCUCGUCAUCCUCUCAGAGCCUCGCCUCGUCCUACCUGGAUCUGGAAGAUCCCGACUCCAGAUCCUACGUCGCUACCCUAGAUCUUCCGGAUGAGAACGCUUCGACCCAGCCCAUCCCUCCGUCAAGACCGCAUUCACCCGCACUUUCGGCGGCCAACUCCCUUCCCUCGUCGAUGCAUUUCCACGCCGACCUGCACCGAGGAAUGCUCCACGCAGCAUCCUUUCGCAGUCACUCGGUCAAGAAUCGCUCGAGGUCCGCUUCACAAGCUACCUCGGUAUCGUCGUUUGGCUCGCCAGGCAAGACGGUCCAGACUACCCCAAGCUUUGUCAGCACGAAGCCUACGACAAUCUUUACUGGUAGUGAGACCGCCCUGGGUCUCGGGCAACCUUUUGCUCCCAUCUCCGUGCCUCCGCGCCCGAGCCACUUGCUCGAGGUCGAUGCUCUGGACGAGAAUGUCGGACCCGCUAGAGAUCGAGAGGCUUCCACAAGCAGAGAUCCGCCUGUUUUGGCCAGGGCUCUCACUUGGACCUCUCUAGCAGCUAUGCCGAUUCAUGACCUAGCAACCCCUCAAGCUGGCUCUCCGGUCAGCUAUAGCGGCAUGAAGGCUAGCAUUUCACGUCCGGGCUCUCCCUCGUCUUUCGCGCGACGAUUACCUGCUUCUCCAGCGGAUACAGCCUCUAUGCCAGUCCACGUCCCCGGAUAUUCUUGCCACGACCCAUAUCGGAAUCCCGCGCCAUAUUCAAGACCUCGGCCUGAUGCGAGUACGCACACUCUGGCCAGUUCGACCUUUGCCCUUUCCGACCCCGCCGGCCACAAGGCGCUUGGCGCUGGGUUGAUCAGAAUCGAUACGAGGACGAGCAUCGUAGAGUACCCCCCGGAUGAAGAGGCCGGUGGUGGGGACGUCGCCGGCGGAAACUCACACCUACAUCAGGGACGCCAUCCCGAAUCGUCUAGUGCUCAAUCAGUCAAAGACAUGGCGGGACGCUCGGACGAAGAGCGUGGUGGGAAUUCGGACCAAGUCGGCCAAGGCGUGUCUUCUGCUGGCCUGCGUCCACCUUACCUCGAUUUGCAUACCCUACCCAUACAUGAGGGGCACGACGACCCUUCUUUGGCGAACUCGGACUAUGCGCGCAUUCUAAACGCCGUCUCGGGUGAUCGGAGGGUAGACGAGGGGGCGAGCCUGAUCGCGCUGAGGGGCAGACGAGGGUCCCAAAACUCGGAAGCUAGCAGCCGGUUCUCAUGGGCUGCGACGUCGAUGUUAGCACCAGCAGGCGACGCUGGACAAAUCGUUCGGCACUCGAGUCGACCUUCGUCUAUGACUGGCAGUGUGGUCGGACGGCCGAGUUCGAACCGAUACGUCGCCGAGGCGUAGCGACAUGGUCACGACAAGCAUGACUUAGUUGUCUUUGUAGCGCGUUGGCAAUACAUCUGUUUCCCUGAGCGGCAAUGCCAUAGACUAAUUAGAUCCAUACGGGAAUUGUUGAGUUGUCUAGCCGUUCGUCAGGCUCUGCCGGGUCACUCGCGGUGAUGUCUUAUUUGUGCAACAGACAGAUCAAAGAUACCAAUCCAGCAUCUAUAAGUGGUAAU